AAAACGAAAUGUCACUUUGCCACUCGAAUUUGUGUGCGUAAAUAAAAACUGUUUUCACGCAAAAUAUCAAGAAAUUUUGACGAUUUUCCAAGUUAUUUGCUUAUAUUGUAUAAAAGAAGUUCGAUUUGCAGUUUAAGUUGAUGCAUCUGCUCGUUGUAGGAAUAAAAACAAACAAAAACUUCGAGAAUGCAGCUCGGCAUUGUAGCGGACACGAAGAUGCUGUGCCGGAUUUGCAUGGUACCCGUCGUGGAACAUCCGGCGAACCUGUACGAUGACGCGUCCCCGUUCGGUCUGCCCAGUUUGCACGACAUGCUGCGGACGAUUUGCGCUCCGGUGUUUGCGAAACCCGAAGCGGAAGCCAUCGUGCCGAACAUGCCGACCAUUGUUUGUCUGGUGUGUCGGAACGCAAUCGUGGCGGCCUACAACCUGCACCAGCAGUGCAUCGAGACCGAUCGACGGCUGGGUGAGUUGGUAGCUUUGAUGUGGGAACUCCAAGGUCCCGGCAGCGAUGAGAUUGGUGAGGUUUCCGAAGAUCCUCCCAAGAGCAGUAUCAAGGAGGUACCAAUGUCGAAGGAAACAAUGGUUGAGAGCGUUGAGAUCAAGGAUCAGUCUGCGCAGCCAAGUUGUUCACAGCGAGGAAACGCUGACGACAAAACUUGUGUGGAAUGUGGGAAGACGUUUUCAAGCCGAUGGACCUUGGUCAGGCAUAAACGGGAAGGUUGGUGUGAUAAGACGAACGACCCCAUGAUGCGCACGUGUGAUAUCUGCAAUAAGGUUUUAAAGACCGUGCAAUUGCUGAAAAGACAUCGUCAAAUGCAUGAUAGCAGACCGUGUCCUCCGGAACUUCCAGCUUCAACUCAAGAACACACUCCGGAAGGAGAUAGGCCCGCCGAGGAGAGUUCGGUGUUGAAUAAUGAGCAAGUGGAUUCGGUAAAGGACGAAGCGUUAGACAUGAUGGAUGAAAGCCAAAGUCACAACGAAGAAGAGGUCGUCGAUGCGCGUGGCAUGAAAUGCACCAAUUGCGGUAUAUCAUUCUCCUCAAACCUAUCGUAUCGAAAUCACAUGCUGGAAAAAAGUUGCCAGCAAAAACAACUAUUUCCGUGCACAAAAUGUGGAAAAACCUUCGACAAACUUACAAGAAUGCAGUACCACAGACGUAACCAUAAGGAACGGCUUGCUUGUAAUUUGUGUAAUCAAACAUUCAAGAAUAGAGACUGUCUGCGGAUACAUCACACGCGUAAACUUUGUUUGGGGAUCGAGACAAGCACCUCCGAGGCCGCGUGCCAAGGAGAACAAGGCCAGGUGCGAAAAGACGAACCAGUAGUCAAUGUAAACAAAACUUGUUUGCGUUGUGGCAAAACAUUUGCAACCGGGUGGACUUUGAAAAGACACAAAAAUGAAGGCAGGUGUGAGGGUCCGAAUGUCUCCAUGGCGCGCACCUGUGUGAUCUGCUGUCAAGUUUUUAAGACGGUUAAGUUGUUGAGAAAACAUCGUCAAAUCCAUGCGGGCACCGACGGCACCGAGCAAGCAGAGUCCGACAAGGCGGAGCUUCCAGCAGGAGAGGAGAUCCCGUUGCUGAAUACCGAGCAAGUGGAUGUGAUAAAGGUCGAAGCUCUAGACCUGACGGAUGAAAACGAAGAAGCGGUCAACGAAGUGCGUGUCUUCAAAUGUACCGAUUGCGGCAUAUCGUACUCGUCAACCGCAUCGUAUCGAAAGCACACGCUCGAAGGUAAUUGCCAGGGAAAACAACUAUUUCCAUGCUCAAUAUGUGGAAAAACAUUCGAUAAUGCAACAAGAUUGAAGUACCACCUGCGUAAUCAUAAGGCGCGUGUGGCUUGCUCGAAGUGCGAUUUAACGUUCAAAAACCGAAUGUGUUUGCGGUUACAUCACAAACGUAAUCGAUGUUCAGGGAAUAAAACCAACACUUCGCUAGCCAUUCGCCAAGAAGAAAAUAGUGCUGAAGAGCAGGAACAGUCAGAGGAACAGCACCAAAUGCAGGGAGAAGUAAAUAUCGCUGAAGGAAAAUCCAACGAAUCGUUGCUGGUAGAAAUACAACCAUCGCUAAAAAAUACCGCAAAGAUGAACGUAGAACGUGACAUACAAUGUGCCAAUUGUGGCGUGGCGUUCACAUCAAACAGAGCACAUCAAAAUCACAUCAAAGACGGGAAUUGCCAGCGGAAGAUAACUUAUCCAUGCAAAAAGUGUGGAAUGGUCUUUGACAAACUUACCAGAAUGCAUUACCACAUGUACAGCCACAAGGAGCGCGAGGCUUGCUCAAAGUGUGGUACCACGUUUGGUUACAGAUCAGCACUGGUGAGGCACCUGAAGAAAUCCCGAUGUUCACAAAAUCAGACGCAGGAACAAAGUGAAAACCAAGCAGGACAGCAAACGCCAACGUUUCCAUGCAAAAUUUGUGGUCAGAUUUUCCAUUCAUACACAAGAAUGUUGUACCACAGGCGCAACCACCAGAAGCGCGUGUCUUGUCCGCACUGCGAUCAGUUGUUCAGAAACAAAAACAUUCUGCAUGCGCAUAUCAGAGCAAGACGAUGCUUAAUCGAUAGCGCAAGCAGUUCCCAGACCGUGGUGAACGAAGAAGCGUUGGAAAUUAUCAAAGUGGAGGAACCUCAAAUCAUGGACACUUGAAUACUGAAUGCACACCCAAAAGUAGCAGCAGCAACGAGUUAAAGAAGGUGGAUAUUCGGAGGAGCAAAACCCAAAAGAUACAAAAUAAAUGUAAAGAGUAAAUUUGCGUCAAACUACACAUGCAAUAAAAAAUUGUUAAGCAGCAGCAAUGAACGUAGGAAGUUCAAGAUUUGCAGAAGAUUGUAGAUGAAAUAAGUAAAAGCUGUCUAUCUCGAAUAAGUUGUUACACAUUUUUUUUCACAUUUAAACAUAAUAAAAAUUAAAAUAAUGCCACAGCAGAGUGAGCGUGA